GGCUCCAGCUGUAGGGAUACUCAGCCUGAUGCAGCUACAAACCAUGCCUUUGAGCCUCUCCUGUACAGACUGGGGGCCCUUCACGGGGCCUUUCCUCUCCCCCCUCCACCGUCCAGGCUGGCUGGCAGAUGUGGAGGACCCUGGGCAGAGAACUGAAAGGCUCAGACUCAGGAAGGGGCUAGAUCCCUCCCAGAAAGGCUCCGCCCUCCCCAGCCCUUGGGUGCAGGGCAAGCCAGCCUGGAGCCCCGCCCCGGGAGGUGGGGCAGGAGACUUGGGACCGAGGGACCCAGACCUGUCGACCUGCCCUACUCAGGCUAGUCACCACUGCUGCCCAUGGGGAACAGCCACUGCAUCCCUCAGGCCCCUAGGAGGCUCCGGGCCUCCUUUUCCAGAAAGCCCUCGCUGAAGAGAAAUAGAGAGGAUGGUGUGCGGAAGCUGGCUGGCCUGUUUGGCACCGAGGCCAGCCCCGACGGGGACACCACCACCGACAAGAUCUUCUGCUACAUCCCUGGGACGAACAUCCCGGGCUUGGAGAGCCAGAGAGAAAACCUGGAACAGCCGUUCCUGAGUGUGUUCAAGGCGGGGCGACGGAGGGCAGCCAUAAGGAGCCUGGGCAAGGUUGUGCACUACGCCAAGGUCCAGCUGCGUUUCCAGCACAGCCAGGACAUCAGCGACUGCUACCUGGAGCUGUUCCCCUCCCACCUCUACUUCCAGGCCCAUGGUUCCGAGGGACUCACUUUCCAGGGGCUGCUACCACUGAUGGAGCUGAGUGUCUGCCCGCUGGAGGGGUCCAGAGAGCAUGCCUUUCAGAUCACAGGCCCCCUGCCUGCCCCCCUUCAUGUGCUCUGCCCCAGCCAGGCCGAGCUGGGCCGCUGGCUCUACCACCUGGAGAAGCAGAUCGCUCUCGUGGGAGGGCUGCCACGCUGCCAGCCAGUGCCACAGGUCAGUGCUGGGAGCCCCACUACCCCUUCCUACCCCACCCUCCUCCACCUGCCCCACACCUCCUUCUGCCAGGGCCCCCCGGAGGACGAGCCCCCCUGGGCUCUGCAGCGCAGGUUGACCCAGCUGCGGGCUGCGUCUGGGCACCAGGCAGCGGGCAGUGCCGUCUGUGCCUCGAGGGUCAAGCUGCAGCAUCUGCCCUCACAAGAGCAGUGGGACCGGCUCCUGGUCCUGUACCCGACCUCCCUGGCCAUUUUCUCUGAGGAAGCAGAUGUGCUUUGCUUUAAGGGGGAGCUCCCGCUCAGUGCCAUCCACGUCAACCUGGAGGAGAGGGGGAAGCAGAUCCGCUCUUUCCUGAUCGAAGGCCGUCUCAUCAACGCCAUCCGUGUGGUCUGCGCCAGCUACGAGGAUUACAGCCGCUGGCUGCUCUGCCUGCAGACGGUCUGCCGCAGGGGUGGGACCGCCCCAGGCCUGCGGGUGCCUGCACAGGUUGUGGGCAGUGACCGAGGCUCACUCUCCUCCGAUGGGCAGGCCAGCUGGGACUCGGGGUGCCUGGCAGCCCCCUCCACUCAUGCCAGCCACGCCCUCCCUGGGUCAGUGCCGUCCACUGAAGGCUGCCCUGCCCAGCCUGCACCGGAGCAAGCCAACUCAGGCUGCACCAGCGCCAGCGGGCAGAGGGCAAAGCUGAGACGGAACAGUGGCAGCCGAUCACCCAGGAGCAAGGCCCGGGGCAAGGGGCCCAGCCCUGCCGUCCCGCUGCAUCUGGACCUGACCAAGCUGAGCCUGGGGGAAAGCCCUGAGGCCCCAGACCACUCUCUGGAGAAACCACACUCCCCCCUCUACGCUGAUCCUUACACACCGCCUGCCACUUCCCACCACAAGAUCACAGACGUCCGGGGCCUAGAUGAGUUCCUCAGUGCGAUGCAGAGCUCACUUGGACCUGAGCCCUCAAGCCCAUUCCUCUCCGUCCCUGUGUCUGUGCCUGUCUUGGACGUCCGCUCGGGAGUCUCUGGCCCCCACUUGCUCUCCGAGAAGGGAGCCCUGCAGUCCCGAGCCUCUCAGCGGCAUCGCAGCUCCAUCAGGGGCCAGGGGUCCCGCCCCCCAGACUCCCCUCAGCUUGUCUCCCCUGCAACGGAAGUUUCACCCGACCCCCUGCCACCUCCCCCAGAUGGUCGUCCCCCCAGGAGCUACGACAGCAUUUGGGACAAGGCUCUGUCCCCUUCCCACCAGCAGUGGUCUCGAGGAGCACCUCAGGCUGGAGAGGGGGUGGUCCAGUGGAUCUGACGGCACCCAGGAGGCUGCUUCUCGGGACCACCUGCCAGCACCGACCCUAGAGGAGGGUCUGCCACAGGGCCGGGGUCUCUCUUUGUGGAGCCACAGGCAUCUAAUACCGAGUCAGGGUCUGACCCCAGCAGGGUAGAGGGAGUCUCCAGGACCCUGAGUGGCCCUGGGCUCUGGAGGGACCAGGAGGGUCUCACCCUGAGGACGCCUUGGCCAAGGUGACUGGAUGUCCAGCGGGGCCGAACCUCGACCUGCCUCCCAGGGAAGGAAGGAGGGAGGGGACUUGGGCUGGGGCUUCUCCUGGGAGAGGGAGGAUGGCACAAGUGUAAAGGUCAGAGGGCUGAGAAAGUCAGGUUAGUGAGGGUCAGAGUAUGUGAGGUCAGAGGGCACAAGUGUCGGAGAUCAGCAAGAUCUGAGACAUUUACAAGCAGAGGAAGGAGGAUCGCCUGGGUGCAUGUGAGUGGGGGUGGGGCUGGUCUGGAGAAACUGGCAAGAGACUAAACAAGAAAGAAAGAGGAGAUUUUA